CUCAUUUGGGUCUUCUUCAUCAAAUUGUUUAUCAAAACACGGUUUUGCUGAUUUUUAAUUUGCCGUGGACGCGGAAACCGUUUUUUCGAUUCUAUCAUGGGCGGAGGAGAUCUGAACACGAAGAAAUCAUGGCAUCCCAACACGAUGAAGAAUCAGGAGCGCGUUUGGAAGGCGGAACAGCAGGAGGCCGCCGAGAAGCGUCGGUUGAACGAGCUGCGGCGGGAGAUAGACGCGGAGCGCAGCCGGGAGGAGCUGAAGAGUAUGGCACAAAAAUCGGGCGUCAUACCGGACAGCGAAGGGGCAGACAAAAAGCUGGAGUGGAUGUACAGCGGGCCAUCGCAGCUGGUGAACCGCGAGGAGUACCUGCUCGGACGCACAAUCGAUAGAACGUUCGAGGAUCUGGAUGCUCAGGAGAAGGCCGCCACCUCGAAAUCGGCCUUUGGCGUAGCACAACCGAAGAACCACGUCGAGCACGAAUGUAUACCCUUUUCCAUCCGCCAGCACAAGGGCGUCCUGAGCAAUGAUCAGGUCGAUCUCGCGCGCAAACUAAUGGAAGAUCCGCUCAUGAUGAUCAAGCAGAAGGAGAUGGAAUCUCGCCAAAAACUUCUACAGAACCCGGUUAAAUUGAAGGAGUUGCACCGGCUGCUGAAAAGUGAUCGGCGUCUGCAGGGCAAGGAUGAGAAGGACAGGAAAACAAAGGUCAAGAAGUCGAAAAAGUCUAAGAAAAGCAAAAAGAGUUCCAAAAAGAAGCGUAAGAAAAGUCGAAAGGGAAGCAGCUCCGACAGCAGUUCCGACAGUGACGGCGAGGAAGGCGCGGAUCUGGACCAACUGCUGGCCGAGAAGUACAAGAAGGUGCAGCAUUCGAUGGCGGAAGAGCAUCCGGAGGGUGUCAGUAUCGAUAAACUGUUGACGAUGAAGUAUGAAAAAUUGUCCAAGGAACUUGACAAAAUAGGCAAUGGCAAGAAGAAGAAGGACAAAAGGCAACGGCAUGAGCGCAGUAGCAGCGAGCGAUCCACCGAGCCAUCUAAUCGUCGUAGAGUCUCGCGAUCCUGCUCCCCGCAAAGGCGUAAGCACCAAAAGCCAAGUCGUGAUCGUCAAGGUAGAGAAUCGGAUCCGUCCAGGGAAUCUAAAAGGGAUCGUGAUCGUUCCAAGCCGUCAACGUCUAGCAGGCGAAGUCGCUCUAGAAGCAGGGACAAAAGGGAUGGACCAUCUUCUAGCCGAGGAUACCCUCGUCAGUCUGCAAUGGUUCGGGAUGAGCGUCGUUACGAAACCGGCCAACGGAAUGCUGGCCGUACUCGAUCACGGCCGAGAUCAAACGAAAGGCGACCGCGUAACGCAAGGUCUCGUUCGACGACUCCUCGCACUAAAAGUCCCAACCAAUUCAAGGCAAAACGAAGAAAUUCUAGAAAUUCUUCUCCAGACUCAUCGCGAUCGGAACAAUCGAGCUCCUCCGAGAAUUCCACACCACCACGGCAAGCAUGCGAUUCGGAGGAAGAGAAACGGAUGAAAAAGGUCAGAAACUUUGGGCUAGUAACGGCAUCCGGCCAAAAGCUGGAAACGAAGGCCAGCGCCGCCAAUGUGCGUUUGUACAACCGUGAGGAGAUCAAGGCCGAACAAUCGAAGCUGAAACCAACGUGGAGCAAACCAAACGAACGGAAGCGGCCCUUAACGGAGGAGGAACUGGAAGAGAAGCGACGCGCAAUGCUGGAUAAUGCACGAUGGCGCGAGAAGGAUCGAGCAAACAACGUCAAACGCUACGAGGCGGAAGAUCAUCGGGAGGAGACUAGGCAUGGUGGCCGCGAGUACGAUAAGGAGUUUGUGACGAAACAGUUUAAGCGGGCGGCAGCUAGUGAAACGGUAGAGUCCCGCAUUCGCUCAAAUCGUAACAACAUUCAACGUUCCACGGGGGCGAUGGAUAGCAAUUUUGCGAAGCGUUAGUCCCUGAAAUUGAGCGAUCAAUAAAAUUCAAUA